AGAAGAAGAGACAGAAGACAAGAGAAGACGAGGAGGCACCCGGGAGAGCCUCCGGCAGUCACCUUCCAGAGACAGCUGGACUUGCUGCUGAUGCCCCAGCUCGCCAAAGAGAUGGCCCCGAAGUCUGUCACAGAAAGUUUUGCCAGUGUCAUCCAUGGUCUAAAUGUGGGGCAUCUGACGGACCGAGUCAUUCAGAGAAGCAAGAGGAUGAUCUUGGAUACUCUGGGCGUUGGUCUACUAGGAACCACCACCGAAGUCUUCCACAAAACCACACAAUAUAGUAAAAUCUAUAGUUCUGACAUGGCCAGCUGCGUCUGGGGACAUCCAGACCUCAAGUUGCCACCCACCCACGCUGCUUUCGUGAAUGGAGUAGCUGUACACUCAAUGGACUUUGAUGAUACAUGGCACCCUGCUACACAUCCUUCAGGGACAGUACUUCCCGUCCUUUUGGCAUUAUCAGAAGCCUUACCUCAAAAUCCCAGGGUAUCUGGACUUGAUCUGCUGCUGGCUUUCAAUGUUGGGAUUGAAGUACAAGGCCGAUUAAUGCAUUUCUCCAGGGAAGCCAGUGACAUACCAAAGAGAUUCCAUCCACCAAAAGUUGUGGGCACUCUGGGCAGUGCUGCUGCUGCAGCCAAGUUUUUAGGACUUGACCGGACAAAGUGCAGAGAGGCCAUGGCUAUUGCUGUUUCCUAUGCAGGGGGACCCAUGGCAAAUGCUGCCACACAGACCAAACCUCUCCAUGUUGGCAAUGCAGCCAGGAAUGGGUUAGAAGCUACUUUCCUGGCUUUGCUGGGCCUUCAAGGGAACCAGGAGAUCUUGGACAAAGAGGCAGGGUUUGGGGCCUUCUAUUCCAACUAUGCCCCACAAGCCCUACCAACUCUGGAAUCUUACACUUUGCUGCUGGACAAACAAGACAUAGCCACCAAGCGCUUCCCUGCCCACUUAGGAACACACUGGGUUGCAGAUGCAGCUGCUUCUGUGAGGAAGCACUUGCUCCCCACUGACAGGAUCAAAAGAAUUGUUCUCAGAAUCCCUGAUGUCAAAUAUGUGAAUAGACCUUUCCCAGUUUCAGAGCAUGAAGCCCGACACUCCUUCCAGUUCGCUGCCUGUACUGUGUUGCUUGAUGGUGGCAUCUCAGUCCAGUCAUUUCACAAAAGCCAAAUUGACAGGCCUCAGAUAUGGGAGUUACUUGAUAAAGUCGAGUUGGAGUACCCUCCUGACAAUCACCCUAACUUUGAUACACUCUACUGUGAGGUGAGUGUCAACCUUGAGAAUGGCAAUACCUUCACAGAACGAUGUGAUGCUUUCUAUGGUCACUGGAGGAAACCGCUGAGCCAGGAAGACUUAGAAGAAAAAUUUAGAGCCAAUUCUUCCACUGUGCUCCCCUCUGAGUCAGUAGAAGGCAUUAUAAAAACAGUGAACAGAUUAGAAGACAUAGAGGAUUGUUCUUUGUUAACCACAUUUUUAAAGGGGCCUCAUCUACCAAAGAAGACUUCAAAAUGCACUCGGCGGCUUCUCUCCACCCAUAGCUUCUCCUGAUACUUCCAAAGGACUGAAGGGUUUUGACACUGUAAAGAUUCAUUGAAUCAUAAAUUCAGAACUAGAAGGGCCCUUGGAGGUCAUUAAGCACACCCCCCCAUUUUACAGAUGAGUAAACUGAGGCAUAUAGAGGUUAUUUGCCCAGGGUCACACAAUUAGUAAGUGUCUGAGAUAGGAUUUGAACUUGGAUCUUUUUGACUCCAGGCAUAGCAAUCUAUCCACACUACCUCCCAGCUGCUGUGAUUUAGUUAUUGCUUUCAAAAGGAAAGCACCUGAAACUUAGUUUCCCUAAUGUGGUUCCCUAUCAAUCAACAUAUUAAAUAAAAAAUGUUAAAUCAGGCAAGAAAAACCCAAUUCAGAUGCAGGUCUCACCAGAUAUAUAUGGAAAUAGAAAGUUGAUCUUGCUCUGUCAAAAGCAAGGCAACAUGAAAAAUUUCCAAGACAACAGAAGAAAGUUGCAAGACACUCAUAUGAUCACAGAAUCAUAAACCUGAAGCUACAAGGGACCUCAGAAUGCAUCUAGGCCAAAACUCCUCAUUUUACAACUGAGGAAACUGAGGCCCAGGGAGUAUGUUACUUGCCUAAGGUCAUACAGGUAGUGAGUGUCAGAGGCAGGAAGGCUAAAUAAAACUUAGUCCAGGAGUGCCUUGCCAGCAAAUUUAGCCACUUCUAAAUAAUUAUUGACUGAUGGACUUUCAGGAGCUCUGUAUCAGAGAAAUGUCAGCACAAUAAACUAUUUCUUAACCCUAGGGAAGAGUUCUACAGCCUCCUCCACCAAGAGAUUUCUUAAUCAGUCCCCACGCUUACCCUCCCCAGAACUCUAUGAUGAUGUAAAAUAGAAAAAAUGUCAGCUUCACUAUUGAGAUUGUAUCAAGGUAUACUCAUUUGACAGGAGAAAUUGGUAGCCAGACUCAGAGGUGCACAUGUUUAGAACUGAUAAGCUAGAAAGAAUUGGAAAUCGAGGGGGUGCUCAUCAAUUGGGGAAUAGCUGAAUUAAAUUGAGGCAUGUGAUUAUGAUGAAAUACUAUUGUGCUACAAGAAAUGAUGAGAAGAAUGCUCUCAGAAAAACCAGGAAAGACUUACAUGAGUCGAUACAAAGUGAAAUGUACUGUGAACAAAGUAACAGCAAUACUGUUAGAUCAGCUGUGAAUGACAACUAUUCUCAGCAAUACGAUGAUCCAAGCAAGACAACACUGAAAGACUUCUGAUGAGAAAUGAUAUCCAUCCCCAGAGAAAGAACUGAUGGUGUCUGAAUUGAAGCAUAAUUUUUUAACUUUAUUUUUUCUUGAGUUUUUUUGUCUUUUUCCUUUCACAAA